UGUUCGAGGCGCACAUCACCCAUCCGCACAUCAGAUAGCGCAGAUCCAUCAGCCGGCAGGCAGGCAGCCGAGACAGCCCCCGGAGCCGGGCUGCAGGCGACGCCGCUGCUGCUCGCAAGGUAGCGGAGGAGCGUCCGGCCCCUCCGAGCACCGAUGCUCUGCAGAGCGCAGCUCCAGGGAGCCCGUCGCUGCUAAGGAGGUCACCAGCAGCAGGCCUACACGCCUGGGCAUCCUUUCUCCUGCUGCCCACCUUCCCGAUCCCAAAACGGAGGAGCCCACGGAGCCCGCCAUGUCAUCGGACCCCAGCGCCCCGCCGGCAGUGCCACCCCUGCACUCCCCCAAGUCACCGGUGUGGCCCACCUUCCCCUUCCAGCGGGAGGGCAGCCGCAUCUGGGAGCGGGGCAACCUCCUGCUACGCGACCUGCCCAGCCCCCUCCCCACCAAGAGGACCAGGACCUACUCGGCCACGGCACGUGCCUCUGCUGGCCCCAUCUUCAAGGGUGUCUGCAAGCAGUUCUCUCGCUCCCAGGGCCAUGGGUUUAUCACUCCAGAGAAUGGCACCGAGGACAUUUUCGUGCAUGUGUCUGACAUCGAGGGAGAGUACGUCCCUGUGGAGGGGGACGAGGUGACGUACAAGGUCUGCCCCAUCCCUCCCAAGAACCAGAAGUUCCAGGCAGUGGAGGUGGUCCUCACCAACCUGGCGCCCCACACGAAGCACGAGACAUGGUCUGGCCAGAUCAUCGGCUCCUAGGCGCCCAGGGGGCCCGCCAGCCACUCAGCCCCGUGGAGCAAGCCUGCCCAGCCGCUCACAAGGGGCGUGGGAGGAGCCGAGGCGGCGACGGGGCCGGGGCUGCCCCCAAACAUGCAGGCGUUUGCGUUCAGUGUCUUUUAUAAGGUUACGGUUUCCUUUCUCUGUGUGUGUUUGUAAGUGUCUGUCGAGGGGGACAGGGGAAGCAGAGCCCUCCCUGACUGUCCCCCAGCUCCGGGGGCAGCACCGAGCCCCAUGUUCCAUUCCUUGCUCCUGAGGCCAUGGGGAAUAGAGGAACCAGUCCUAGCCCCAGCCCUCCAGCUCUUCUGGGCUAAAGCAGGUGCUGAGAGCAGGAGGGGGUGGGGAGAGGCUGGGUGGUUCGGCUCCUGCUCCUGAACUCUACUCCGGCAAGAUGGGCACCACACUGGGACAGCAGCAGUGGGACAUGCCCUGGUGCAGGGACAAAACAGGGUGGUGUGGGGUGGCAUAUCACUGUGCAGGGUCUGGGUGGCUGAGACCCAUCCCCAUUGCUGGCAGCUCACAGCACCCACCUGAGCCACAUCCCUCCAUCACAAGAUCUCAGGUCAGGGGUGCCACGGGGAGGUGGCUGGUUUACAGAAAGCAAAAAUUUGGUUUUAAGAAGCAGACAGAUGCUGGCAGGGCACCCGGGGCACUCGGUGCUGUGCCCGGGGGGCUGCACCAGGGCACGGGGCAGGGGGAACUUGGCACCUCUGUGCUCCCCGCUGCUGCUGGGCAGUAAUGCACUUUUCUUGGCUCAGUGCUGAAAUGAUUUUGGGGAGACAGACACUUUCUCCUCCUUCUCUUGCCCCCGGCCCCCUGGGGACCCCCUUCCCAUGCGUGCGUGUGUGUGUGUGCAUGUCUGUAGCUUGCUGGGGCGGUGAGGAGCUGAGGGGUCUGAGCAGCCUCGGCCAUGAGGUGAGCACAGCCACCUCCUCCCCAGCCCCUCGGUGUAGGCAGGGUCUUGUAUACAAAGCACAAACUUUGGUUUUGGUCUUUUCUGCCAUACCCUGGCCAGGUGGGCUCCCACAGCCCCAGGGAGCGCCAGGGCAGAGGGCACUGGGACAGGGACAACAUGCACUGGGCUGGUCUUGAGCUCACCCCAGGAAAACAGUGCUGAUGCUCCAGGAAUUACCAGCAUCUUAAGGGGUUCACAGCAGGGCUGGGGACAGUGGGGUGCCAGCAGGGCCUCCCAAGCAGGGCAGGAGGGGAUAGGCAGCUCCUGGAGCACCAUGCCAGCAGGAGCUGCUGGCACUGCUGGUGCUCAGCAUGGAUGGAGACGGGUGUUUGCCACCUUUCCUGCUGCUGCUGCUGUUGCCAACAGGGCUAAGUGGGGAGAGGAGCGGAGCGAGGCUGGAGCCACGCAGGACAGCCGGGCCCUGCAGAUUCAGGAGGACCAUGCUGGUGCGGGGAUUGCCCCAGGACCCUCUGGCCCAUCUCACUGCCAACCCAAAGCCUGGCUCUCCCAGGGGCUGUGGCAACUGUGGCUCAGGCUCCAGGCAUCCCCAGGACAUGCAGUCAGCUUGGCCAAGGGAAACUGUUGGAUUUUUUUUUUUUUUUUUUUUGAAAUAAACUAAAACCCUAGACUUGUUGGUGUUUUUACAACUCUGGUGUGGUUCCCGCCUGUCUGACCAUGUGUCAACCUUUGUAACAUUGGCAAUAAACCAUUAAAAGUGACUUUCCCAUGA